CAAAUCACGGCUGCUGGAGAGCAGGAGAGCUGGGAAGGAAUUCAUCCAGAACCGCAGCGGGGAUUCAGAGCAGUUAAGGCCGGGACUGGAGCUCUGACUACCGCGGGGAGACGCAGGGAGAGCCCGGUAACUCCCGGACGGAGUGUUCGGCUGUCAGAACUGCGACAGGCAGAGAGAGACGGAGGAGGAAGGCGGGAUGAAGAUGCAGACCCCAGUGUGAAGAGCAAGCAAAGCCAACGUAGGAAAAUCCCAGCAGGAACCGGCUUUGAAGGCGACUUAAGGAAGGCGAGGAAACCUUCAAACCAUGCUGGGGUCUGUGUUGAGUUUUUCCCCCAACGGGCGCAUCAUUGCCCUCCUGUUGGUCAACCUUUUCUCCUCCAUCUGCAUUGUCUUUAUCAACAAAUGGAUCUACGUACACUACGGCUUCCCCAACAUGACCCUGACCCUCGUCCACUUCGUGGUCACGUGGCUGGGACUCUACGUCUGCCAAAAAAUGGACAUCUUCGCUCCAAAGAGCCUCCCAAUCCGAAGGAUCGUGUGGUUAGCUCUGAGCUUCUGCGGGUUUGUGGCCUUCACCAACCUUUCCCUGCAGAACAACUCAAUAGGGACGUACCAGCUGGCCAAGGCCAUGACCACACCCGUCAUCAUCCUCAUCCAGACCACCUACUACAAGAAGACCUUCUCCACCAAGAUUAAGCUGACACUGGUUCCAAUAACACUCGGCGUGAUUCUGAACUCUUACUACGACGUACGGUUCAACCUGCUGGGAACUAUAUUUGCAACGUUGGGUGUUCUUGUGACGUCUCUCUACCAAGUGUGGGUUGGUGCGAAACAACAUGAGCUCCAGGUGAACUCUAUGCAGCUGCUGUACUAUCAGGCUCCUCUGUCCUCGUGCUUCCUGCUCGGUGUUGUUCCUCUGUUUGAGCCGCUGACCGGAGAAGGAGGAAUAUUUGGACCCUGGUCUUUUUCCGCUCUGGUGACUGUGCUGUUCUCUGGCGUGGUGGCGUUCCUGGUCAACUUAUCCAUCUACUGGAUCAUCGGAAACACCUCGGCCGUCACCUACAACAUGUUCGGGCAUUUUAAGUUCUGCAUCACCCUGGUCGGAGGUUACAUGCUCUUCAAUGACCCGAUGUCGCUCAACCAGGUUUUGGGGAUCCUCUGCACGCUGGCAGGCAUUUUAUCCUACACUCAUUUCAAGCUGGCCGAGCAGGAGGAGGGGAAGAGCCGCCUGGCUCAAAGACCGUAGGCUGGCUGAUGCAACGGACUCCUGCCAUUGGCGCUGCCUCAGAACUCUUUUAUAAAAGCGUUUAUAUUUUUAUGAAUAUUUUUGCAGCAGAGUGAAUGAAUUUAUUGUAGUUUCCUUAAAAGGAUUAGAAGUGUACGACCUGUAACUCUGCUCAUGAAACGUUCCAGGAUUCUUUCACUGAUUUUUCUUUUUUUGAUGGAAGCUGAAGCUGAACGCAUCGACAGCGGGACUUUUCUGCAGCUUUUAUCAGUUAAAAAUCAAACAGUUAUCCCUCUUUUCAAUCAGUACGUUUACAUGCAGUUAGGAAAAGUCAAAUUAUUGUUAGUCCAACUGAAACUGGAAGCUUAAAAUCCCUGUUAGUCUGACUGAAAUGUUACUAAACUAAAGUUCUCAGUCAGACAAACACAGCUAGAAAACGUGAUCGGAUAUCUGUUCAUGCUUUCACCGACCACCACCUGCUGAAUACUCACCUGCUUUUUCACCUUGGAUGCAACUCUGCAUGCAAACGUUUUGAUUCUAAGCAGGUAAAAUGAUUAAUUUUCUUUCUACAAGAAGGUGAAUUCAGCUAUUUUUUUUACCCAUAAUCCCCUGCUGUUUGUGGCAUUUUUGUGCAGACAAGUUGAAUGUUUUCCCUGAAGUCUAAUCAAAAGACAGCAAAUAUUUUUGUCUGCAAACGGACGGUAAAGGAACGUUAACAUAUCUGGUACAAAAGUGAUUUAUUAGUGAUUUAUAUUUUGAAGUAUUCAAGGUUUAUAGCAUUUCGUUGUGUAAUUUCAGGCUGCUUUUUGUUUCUUAAUUUAAUUAUUUACAUUAUUUUUUUCUUCAUUUUUUGUAUCAGUUUUUAAAUAUUGAUAAUUGGCACAGUAACAAGCAUCCUUGUCAUGCAUAUGAUGCUCUGAUGUCUCCUUUUGUAUUCACCAAGAAGGAACAAUUUCAGACGUUUACCUUCAUCAUCAUCCUCUCAGUGCAGCGUAGAGGGAAUAUAGUGAUGCUCAAUCACUGCUUCAGUCUGCUGUAAAGUUAAAGGUGUUAUUUGAGUCUUAAAAUGUUUAAAUCUUCAUUUUUUUAUUGAUUGCUUUGUAUUGCCAAUGUACGAGCAGAAUGCAUCAAAAAUUAAAAGAUUAUACCUUC